AUGGCAAUGCGGCGUACAAAUCUUCCUUUGUUGAGAGCGCCAUAUGACACUACUCAUGAGUACAAUGCCAUCUCUGUGGGAAGCCCAAGGCAGUUGCAAGAACCAAGACAGGUAGCAGAGAUAGUACCACUUCGGUCUGACCUUCCAAACAGGAUUGAAAGCCUUGAAGACAGACUGGCCAUGAAUAAUAAACAUACUGUGUUCUGUAUACAGGCACUAAUUGACAGAGCAUUCAAAAUCAAAGAAGAAGUGGUGGAAAGUUUGAACUAUACUCAAGGAACAUGGAAUGAAGAGAAGCAAGCAAGAGGACUUCUACAAGAACAUAUCAGGACGAUCACAUCGGUAGUCAACAAACUAAAUGCUGAUAUUGCCGCUUUGGAAAGUUCUAUCAAAUCACGAGACACAGCACAUGUAGGAACAAACAAUGCAGUGAAACACCUGGAGGUGCACCAUGUCCAAACACUGACAGAUCUUCGAGGGCGAAUUGUCAGGUGUGACAGUUCCAUUUCUAAACUGAGUGCAGAUAUUCGAGUGUGUUUUGAAUCAAUCAAGCAGCUGUCACAUCAACAGCAAGAAAUGCAAAAUAGGAUGAUGGACAGAGUACAUGGCCUUGAAGCACAGCUUGUCACCCUAAACAGCAACAUAGAACGAAUUAAUGGAGAGUCUCGAAUGAAACUGCAGCAUUUAGAGGGUGAUACAAACACUCAGAUGUCGAUGAUUGAUGCCAAGACAAGGCAGUUGAUUGAGGACCUUAAAACUAAUCUGACCACCAUGCAGACUGCUUUUGAAACUGAGAGAGAACGAAUCGAACAGAGAUUGCUGGUGGCAAUUGAGAAAAUUGAAGGGAACAACGAUUUGUCCUUGGAAAAAUUGAUGAAGAAAAUAGACGAAGGCAGGUACUUAACAGAUGCUCGUAUUACUAAGUUGGAGGAGUCUCUGAAUGAGUCCAGGAUGUAUGUGAAUGAUGCACAGUCUUCUUUAGAAGCAAAGCUGCUGGCAAAAAUGGACAAGACCAUCAACAGGCAUACAGAAGAGAUAGCUAAACUGAAACGAGAAUGCAGAGAAGGUUUUUCUACUGUACAUGAAAGUAUUAGUAAUAUGAAGACUGUUAUGGAAGGAAAGAGAAAACUGCUAGAAGAUCAGCUCAGGAAAGAGAUUGGACAGUUGCGUAAAAUGAUAGUGUUAGUCUAA